AACCUCGUCAUUGGCGUGCUCAAACAGCCCAAAUCCUUACCUAAAGUACCUACCUACCUAGGUAGGUAACUUGCCUUGGUUUAGGAAUGACUGUUUUCCAAGCUGACAAAGCGCAAGCUCACUUCCAUACUGCCCCACCACUCAAGAAACCUUUUUGGUCUUUAGCCAACCCAAAAUAGAAGUCCAGGAUUGAAAAUAUGGGAGAAUUCAACGACAAGGAGUCGUGGAAAGCCAAAGCCCAAGCAAAGAGGGCCAGCAUCCUCGCUGCCAUACCGCGCGAAUGGAGACUGACCCCGGAGCAGCUCGCUCAAGUCUCACCACCUCAUCGACGCGACGUGGUGCAGUACGCUCGGCGGGAGUUUCUUACCGCUGAGGAGCGCAAAAUCACCGAGAUGGAUGCCGUGGCCGUAGUCAACGCCAUACGCAGCCGCAGCAUGACGGCCGAGAAGGUCACCUUGGCGUUUUGCAAGACGGCGGCGAUUGCGCAUCAAAUCUGCAACUGUUUGCUGGGGGUAUUCUUCGAUCUGGCACUGGAACGCGCAAAACAGCUCGACAAGUAUCAAGAUGAAAAUAAUGGCCGUACAGUAGGACCAUUGCAUGGCCUGCCUGUUAGCCUCAAGGACCAGUUCCACGUCAAAGGCGUGGAAACAACCAUGGGCUACGUUGGAUGGAUUGGCGGUAACCUAGGGUAUCCUGAUGCGCACGGGACACAUGAGGUCCAGAGUCAAACGGUUGACGAACUUGAGGCUCUAGGGGCUGUGAUGUACUGCAAGACGAGCGUACCGCAGACACUCCUGUUUGCCGAGACCGAGAAUAACAUUGUUGGCCGGACCGCGAACCCUCACAAUAUGAUCUUGUCCCCUGGUGGUUCUUCUGGGGGCGAGGGUGCGCUUAUAGCACUUGGAGGCAGUACUAUUGGUGUUGGAACGGACAUCGGAGGCUCUGUGAGAAUACCUGCUGGGUUCUGUGGCAUAUAUUCGCUCAAACCUACCCCUGAGCGCCUUUCCUAUCGCACCGUUGCGAACGCUGCGCCAGGCCAGACCACGUAUCGCUCGGCGGUGGGAUAUAUGGGCACUUCAAUCGACGGACUGAAUCUCAUGCUGCAGUCGGUGCUCUCAACCAAUCCUUGGGUCAAAGAUCCCGCCGUGCUGCCUUUGCCCUACAGACAAGACGUGAUGCGUGAUUACCUCGGCCGUUCACCAUCGCAGGGGAAGCCCCUGAAGCUCGGAAUUCUCUGGAGAGACGGGAUCAUUGAGCCACACCCUCCUGUGACUAGAGCCAUAACGAUGGUAUAUGAUGCUCUAAAGAAGGCAGGACACAGCACCGUUGACUGGUGCCCGCCUUCUCACAAAAACGGAUAUUACAUGCAUCUUAAAUUCCUAUACUCAGACGGGCGGGAAGAUAUCUAUCGUCAUCUCAGAAUGUCGGGCGAAUCUCUGAUCCCGUUACUUGAACAGUCUGCAGACCUCAAAAAUCCCCUCUCGCUUCUUGCCUACCAGGACCUCGUCUUGAAGGCUUUGAAUUACGAGGAACAAUAUGCAGACUACUGGAGGUCAACAGCCGAUGUAGAUGGACAAGAAGUUGAUGCCAUCAUUGCACCCGUCUGUCAGAGCGCUGCCGUCAUACCGGGCAAGCUGUACUCCUCUGGCUACACGGAAAUCUUCAACCUUUUGAACUACAGCGUGGCGGUAAUCCCCGUGACCAAAGCCAACAAAGAAAUCGACAUUCGGCAUGAUAGAUACAAGCCAAAGCCUGGAUUGGAUGAUUUGAACUGGAAUUCUUAUGACCCUGAAAUCUAUCAUGGGGCCCCGGUCGGUAUACAGAUUGUGGGCAAGAAAUUUGAGGAAGAAAAGGUGCUUGCUAUUGCGCAUCUUGUGCAUCAGGCAUUGCAGGCAUUGCAGGCAUCCGAGCAGUCAAAGCCCAACCCUCGGCUUUAAAAGUGGUGAACUCUCCUAGAAAUACCAAGACAGGUACAAGCAGCUAUAUGAACUUGGCGCAUGACACUAAAUCAUAGCAACAACAAAAGCCCGUACCACAACCUUUUGAAGGACAAAACCACUCCCAUUUCUCACUCAACAUUUGUUCUGCCCAUUACCCGGAAAAGUGCCCGACUGGUACGCGCCACCUGCAUCACCCAGGCAGUCGGCGACGGUGACGAGCUUGAGGUUGUUCUGCUUCGCCCAGUUGAUGAGCCAGGGCACGAGGACGUUGACGGUGCUCUCGUAGGUCUCAUGCAUGAGCGGGAUGUGGCCGUUGCCGCCGGCGCCGGCGCCUUGAAACUUGGCCUGGCUCUGCUGCGGAGUCUCGCGGUUCCAGUCGCCGCUGUCGAUGUCGUUGGUGAUGACCUUGUAGCCGAGCGUCCGCAUCGUGUUCAGCAUCUGGCCGCCCGUUGCCAGAUACGGCGGGCGCAUGUACGCCGGCUUGCGGCCGAAGAUGUUGACAAAGGCUUGCUCCAGCUUCUGCAUCUCUUGGGUGAUGGCGGUGGCCUGCAGGUUGCCGAGGUUUGCGUGUGUCCAUGUGUGUGAGGAGAUUUGAUGACCACUGUUGUAGGCGUUCCUCACCGCCGAGGCUUGGUUGUAUAUACAGCCUGAGAGAGUGCCAGUGAAGAAAAAGGUUGCCUUGCCGCCAGCCGCGUUCAAUGUGUCAACCAGCUUCUGGGUAUAAGUGUAGGGACCAUCGUCAAAAGCAAGAGCAAGAGUGCCUGGCCUUGCACACUGGGUGUAAACGACUCCCGGGUUUGGCGCCCUCCUAAAGAUAUCGAGAGGGCUGGGAGCUGGCCGAGCAGAGACGAGGACGUCUGCUGCGAGAAGCAACGACGUCGCUAGUACCUUGAGGAGCAUCAUGAUGACCAAGGUGGAGCAGCAAGGAACCUGUAUAGAGGUCGACGAGGGACGAAUGCCAGGAGCGAUGUCAAGCCCUGCACACCUAAAA